AUGGUCGUCAAUGUCUUUGUGAUCUCUGCUGAUACUCACUCGGAGAGACGUAUUGAUCCUCAUAUCAGUGUUGAGCAGUUGAAGGGCAAGCUCGAGCUGAUCACUGGAGUCCCAGUAGCAAACCAAGCUAUCUCGAUACUUGCGUCAGAAUCUGACCCAAGGGUUCUCGCGGAGCUAAAUGACGACUCAAAACCGUUGGGUUUCUAUGGGCUGGCAGACUGGCAGGUCAUCAAAGUUGUGGAUACCAAUCCCGCCUCCAGUCUAACGGGACAAUUGACCGAUGUGACCCAAGUCGACAAGUUUGAACUUUCGGACGCAGAAUAUGCUCAAAGACAAGACACUGUUCUGGCGUAUAAACAACGUAACAAGAUUGGUCGUUUUGCACCUCAGAAUUCCACGCCCGAGCCCGAACGACCAAGUGUUAACGUCCCCAUCGGUUCUCGCUGCGAGGUUGAGUCGGCAGAGGCAGGUCUCAGCAAACGAGGAACUGUGCGGUUCUGCGGGCCAACCAAAUUCAGUCAAGGAACAUGGGUGGGGGUCGAGUACGAUGAACCCUUUGGAAAGAACGAUGGAUCGGUGCAAGGGGAAAGAUAUUUCUCAUGUCGGCCGAAUUAUGGAGUAUUUGUGAAGCCCGAGAAGGUAAAAGUUGGUGAUUAUCCAGUGGAGGAACUUGAGUUUGAAGACGAGGAAAUGUAA